CCGAAUCAUUCCAUAUGCGUUCCAUCUAUAAAAUUCACCUUCAACGCCCGACGCAUUUUUACGUUAGUGGAACAGCAAAUUUUAGCGGUCGUGGUCAAUGGCGUCGCGCUCAUUGUCGAUGGUGUCGUGGGAGUUAAGUGGAACAUUUUCUCUUUGGUUUUAAUUUUUUUCAUUGACAUUUUUGACGUGAGUAGAUUUCGGACACGACGACGAGAGAAUUAUUUCGGCUUAGUCCAAUUUUUGCAUUGAUUACGUUUCACAUGAUAGAAAUUGCAAAGUAUUUGAUAACACAACAUUUCAUCACAGGCAUCGUGACUUAAUCGACUAAAUAAAGAGAAUGGGUAAAGCAAAAAAAGGCAAGAAAAGUCAGACGCCUGAGGAUGGGAAUAGCGACCUGGAAACGACUACGAUUGAGAACUCAAAACCUAUUCAAAACAAAAGCAAAAAAAAAAUAAUAGAGUUUGAUGAUAGUGAGGAUGACAAACCGAAAUCUAAAACAAAGCUGAAAAAAUCCAGCGAUACUGAAGUUAAAGAAGUCACAAAGAAUAUGAAAAAUGUGUCUAUUACAAACAAGUCACAAAAGAAAAAGGCGGAUAUAAACAGUGAAGAUGACUCAGAUGUAGAAGUUGACGAAAAACCUAGAAAAAACAAAAAGAAAGAAGAAAAGAGUGCAUUUUCUCUUUUAGAAGUUGAAGAUUCGGCAGGUUCGGCCCCAGAGGCUCCUCCUUCUUCCGAAGAUGAAAAACCCGUUCAAAAGUCUCAGAAAAAGGGUGUGCAGGAAAAAAAAGAACCUGCUGGUAAGAAAGGAAAAAAAGGUAGAAGGAAGAAAGAUGACAGUGAUGAGGAUAUAGAAAAAGUGCUAGCGGAACUUGAAAUGGAGUAUUCAGGUAUUAAAAAAGAAGUGAUCCCACCACCUGAACUAGAGAAACCUCAAGAAGUUGUUGAGGAAAAGUCUAAAGCUAAGAAAAAAGGGAAAAAAGAUGAACCACAGCUAAUUCAAAAUGAAAACGCAGUUGAAGAUAAAGCUAGCGAAGAUGAGAACGAUAUAACCAUCAAAACUGCGGCACAGAAAAAAAAAGAGAAGAAGGAAAGGGAAAAGUUAAAGAAGCUUGAAGCUAAGAAAAAAGAGAAAGAUCAAGAAGGUAAGAAAGAUGUAGAACCAAAAGAAUCAGCAAAGCAAGUAGAAAAAAAACCGGAUAAACCCGUUCAAGAAAAAGUUCAAGAAGUAAAAGGGCCAUCAGAAGAGAAAGAAGCGGAGGGAGAAGUUCCUGCAAUUGAAGGCAAGAAAAAGAAAAAAGGAGAGAAAGGUGAUAAAGAUGAUAAAGGAAAGAAAGGCCCCACUAAGAAGACUAUUGCAGCUAUGCAAGAAGCACUAAAAAAAGUCAAGGAAGAAGAAGAGAGACUGAAGAAAGAAGAGGAAGAGAGAAUAAAGCAAGAAGAGGAGAGAGAGCGUCAGCGUUUAGAAGCUAUAAGACUUGAGAAAGAACGAAAGGAGAGGAAGAAGCAAAAGGAAAAGGAGAGAAAAGAAAGACUGAAAGCUGAAGGGAAGUUAUUAACUCCUAAACAAAAAGCUGAGAAAGCAAGGGCGCAAGCUAUGCUGGAAUCAUUAAAGGCUCAAGGAAUAGAGAUUGGUUCUACGGAAAAGAAACCUCCAAGGCCAGGUACUAGAAUUAAGCCUGUUAAAUUAAAAUCACAAAUGUCGCAAGAAAGUCAAAGUACUCCAGUUGAGGAAAAGAAAGUCGAACUAGUGGUAGAAGAUAAAAAAGAAGAAACAUCCCAGGAAGCGAAGAAAGAAUCAGACAAUGAGUCUGUAAAAGAUGCAUGGGAUGCUGAGUCAUCCGAUGAAGAAGUAGAGCCGGCUAAGGCUGAACCUUCUCCACCUGUUCAGGAAGUAAAGAAAUCAGUGCCAGUUGAAGAUAAAUCUAAGGAGAAAGAAGAAGAAGAAAGUUCAGACGAAGAAGAUGAAGAUAGUUCAGAAGAAGAAUCUAGUUCCGAUGAAGACUCAGAGGAUGAACAAAUGACAGAUGCACAGAAGAAACGCGAAAUAGUCUUGAAGAGAUUAGAGAAACGUCGUGAAGACAACGAGAAGAGUAAAGCUAAUAACCCACUACGUGCUGCCGUUGUGUGUGUAUUAGGACACGUAGAUACCGGCAAGACUAAAAUAUUAGAUAAGCUGAGAAGGACAAACGUUCAGGAUGGGGAGGCUGGAGGUAUUACUCAACAGAUCGGAGCCACUAAUGUUCCUAUCGAGAAUAUCAAGGAGCAGACUAAACACGUGAAGGGUGUUAAUGAAAUUGCGUUCAAGUUACCAGGUCUACUUAUUAUUGACACUCCUGGUCACGAGUCGUUCAGUAAUUUGAGAAACAGAGGUUCUUCAUUGUGCGAUAUUGCAAUCCUGGUAGUAGACAUAAUGCACGGUCUGGAACCCCAAACAAUUGAGUCUAUUAACCUCCUCAAACAAAAGAAGACACCUUUCAUAGUAGCGUUGAACAAAAUUGACCGUCUCUAUGACUGGCAGAGUGCCCAAAGGAAAGAUGUUCGAGAUAUUCUUAAGUUGCAGCAACCUAACACUCAGUUAGAGUUUGAGAAACGAAGCAAGGAUGUUAUCAUACAGUUUGCAGAACAGGGUCUAAACGCAGCGCUGUUCUACAAUAACCCUGAUCCCCGUACAUAUGUUUCUCUCGUACCAACGUCCGCAGUUACUGGCGAAGGCAUGGGAAAUCUAUUAGCUAUGAUCGUUCAAGCUUGUGAAGGGCCAUUGCAUAAGAGGCUUAUUUUCUCUCAACAACUACUCGCUACAGUGCUUGAGGUUAAAGCAAUACCUGGAUUGGGUACGACGAUUGACACCAUUCUCAUCAACGGUACCCUGAGAGAAGGGGAUACCAUAGUAUUAGCAGGCACAGACGGCCCUAUUGUCACUCAGAUUAGGUCCUUACUUAUGCCUCAACCAAUGAAGGAACUUCGAGUGAAGAAUGCCUACAUAGAACAUAAAGAAGUUGUUGGCGCUCAAGGAGUAAAAAUAGCGGCUAAAGAAUUAGAAAAAGCUAUCGCUGGACUUAAUUUACUGGUGGCUCAGAAACCGGAUGAAGUCGAUGUACUGGUAGAGGAAGUAGCCCGUGAACUGAAGUCUGCUUUGUCGUCGAUCAAGUUAUCAGACAGAGGUGUAUAUGUGCAAGCGUCCACCCUUGGUUCACUUGAAGCACUUCUUGAAUUCCUUAGGACAAGUAAAAUACCUUACUCCGCCAUUAGGAUAGGGCCGGUCGUGAAACGUGAUGUCAUGAAAGCUUCCGCCAUGUUGGAACAUGACUCGCAAUACGCAACUAUUUUAGCUUUCGAUGUCAAGAUCGAACGAGAUGCUCAAGAGUUGGCAGAUAAUUUAGGAGUGAAGAUAUUCGCAGCGGACAUCAUUUACCACCUGUUUGAUAAGUUCACGGCCUAUCGUGAGGAACUUAAACAAAAGAAACGAGAGGAAUUCAAGCAUAUCGCCGUCUUUCCAUGCAAGCUUAAGAUCCUGCCUCAGUUCGUAUUCAAUUCCCGUGAUCCCAUCGUGGCAGGUGUCAUGGUGGAGGCUGGCAUCGUAAAGGAGGGGACACCCAUCUGUGUGCCCAGUAAAGAGUUUGUGGAGCUGGGAAUUGUGACGUCGAUCGAGGUGAACCACAAGCAAGUGGAGACGGCUCGCAAAGGCCAGGAGGUGUGCAUCAAGAUCGAACCCAUACCCGGCGAGUCGCCCAAGAUGUUCGGGCGGCACUUCGACGAGACAGACAUGCUUGUUAGCAAGAUAUCGCGUGCAAGCAUCGACGCCUGCAAAGAUUACUUCCGGGACGACCUCAUAAAGUCAGACUGGCAGCUGAUGGUCGAACUGAAGAAAAUGUUCGCUAUUUUGUAAAGGAGUGGAGAUUCUUUACUCCGAAUCCUCUCCCAUCGCGUCGCACUUGUCCGUCGAACUCGUGUCGACUCACCUAUCGUCUUUAUACUUGAUUUGGAUUUAUAUAUUUGCUUUUUUUAUAAAGCUCUCAUCCUAAUAGCAAUUUCUGUGGUGCAAUUUUUUAAAAAUAAAUCCCUCUGUCUGUUCCAUCUAGUUAAUCCGUUGUAUCAUAGAAUCUCACGACUCUGUCUACAUACUCUAAAGUAGCCGCGUCCAUAGUUCUUAAUUAUAUUUUGUACUAUGAUUCUUAUUUUUAAAGUAACGCGAGCGUUAAAACGGUACGUGUACCGUCGUCGGCAUGUGUAAAUAGUCCAUUAGUAACAACUAUUUAUUGAAAAUGAAAACGCGUUUCAUUCUCAACCUUUUGCUAUCUUUCAUUGGAUCUCGAUGUUUGUAGUAGAGAGGAAGGUACUUUACAAUUGCAGGUAAUCGUUCUUUGAUGCAUGUUAUAUCACAGAAUUCCUUGUAAAUAUACGUAUGAUUUAUAAACUAUUGUAACUUUGUGUAAAUAGUGCGGCAGCGGACGUAUUUUCUUUGUAUAUGAACGUCAGAGGGUGCAAUAAUUGAUCUCGUUGAAAUGUUUUAUAGAUUGUCUAUCAAUUCUUCAAUAUGAAAUGUAAUAAUUUUAAUCUUAAAUCAUGUUUUAUAUGUAACAAAAAAAAAAAAAUUGCACCUAAAAUGCGCCUAAAGAAAAAAAAUUUUUUUUCGUCCUAUUUGGCAUGAGGUUUAAAAGAACACUGAGUCCACAUCAAAGAUACGGAAGGUUGUAAUUUUUGUAGGUAUUAUCCCUUUUUGAAAUGCUUGUAUUAUAUAGAUGGAAUCGGACAUAAUUAUUCUUAUAUUGAAGAAAUUUUAAUAAAUUACAAAAUAUUAUA